AUGGGUUUUACGAUUUCAUUCGAGUUGCCCAAGUGCCCGCCGUUUUACUGGCUCUCUCAUCCUUGGCACAGACUGCGCAUGCGCGAUCAUUCAGCAAAGUUCUGUCUCAGAAAGACGCUAGUGCUCCGGAGCGUCGUCACCAGCCAUGACUGAACAAAGAAGCGGUGGGCAAACGCCUCCCGCGUUUGCCUUCAUCGAAGAAGUAACCCCGGGUACAAGCCGUGAAGGCGGCGAGGGAGCCUCAGGCACUUUCGACGAUAUCCCUGCGUAUAUUGAAGAGUACAUCGAUGACGCGUUGAAGGCAUUGAAUCGCCAGGCCAAUGCCACGGACGUCAAUGAUGCCACUGACAGCGGAAGCACCAACUACGCACCUGUUGUGUCCACCGCUACUGCCGUUCACGCCUGGCCCAGAACGAGCCACGUUGGCAUCGAGAAACUAUCGUCUACUACGAAAGACACCGCGAGCUGUUCUGACGAUGCCUGGCGUUGCCAACGGAACGCGCAGCACCGACCGAUAGCCGACCAGUCGCACAGCCUCGACGGUGCCUAUUCCAGUGGUAGCCCUAGUCUCCUGCAGCUGUGGCCCACAAGCAGCAUCGAUCAGAAAAAGCCCAGCACAAGCCGCGCUGGAAUGGUGGAGGUAUCAGCAAGUUUACAAUACGGAGCCAGAAAUCCUCAGACCACGCGAGUUCACCAAAGCAACACGCAGUACUACACGACUGCACGCACAUCCACCAUCCAGGGGUAUGCACACAACAGAGACACCGGAAGCGCCAGUUUCACACUUCCAGUCUACAGCAGCAGCGGCGGUGGCAAAUACGCAGGGGCCAGCACGAGCCACGCGGGCACGGAGGAAGCAUCGGGCAUUUUGGGAAAUAAUGCUAGAGUUGCUGACGCCACCGGCGCUGAGCCAUGGACUACGCAGUACUACACGGCUUGCGGCACAACUACACUGUCCGGUCAUACACAUGUCACUGAAAGCGGACGCGCCAGUUGCCCGCCUAUGGUGUCCAGCAGCGGCGUCAAUCACGCACAGCCCAGUACAAGCCGUGCUGGAAUGGAGGGGGCAUUGGCCGUUCCGGAAAAUAUCGCUAGGAAUGCUCCUGGAACCGGAGGAACGGAAUCGCGAGAGUUGUGUCGUGCCUGUGGCAAUGUUUCGAGCAGACCGCACGCCUUACACGGGCACGCCAAGGUACCCACGGAUGACACAGCCCAGAUUUGCAAAGCCUGUGGUCAAUCGUCUGUGAAGAUGUCUAAGUCUGUCGAACAUUGCCACAACCUCACUGGCAAAAAACACAAAUGGGAAGCCUGUGGCAAACAGUUCGACCGUGCCCACCACCUAGCUCAACAUCAGUGCACGUACACAGACGAUAGACCCUACAAAUGCAAUAUGUGUGAAAAAUCGUUCCAGCAUUCUUAUAAUCUCAAACUCCAUAAGCGCAGUCAUACAGACGAGAGACCCCACAAAUGUCAAAUAUGUGGUAAAUCGUUUCGGCAUUCUAGUAAUCUAGAUAACCAUCGGCGCACCCAUACAGACGAGAGACCCUACAAAUGCCAAAUAUGUAAUAAAUCGUUCCGGACGUUUGGUCACCUAGAUAACCAUAAGCGCGUGCACACAGGUGAGAAACCCUACAUUUGCGGAACAUGCGGCACAUCAUUCACGCAGGCGGGUAAUCUCCGUAGACAUGAGCACUCUCACGCGGAGGAGAAACGUCAUGCAUGCCAAAAAUGAGCUAAAUAAUUUGAAAAGAAAUCUAACCUCAAGAAACAUUGGACUCGCAAUGUGGAAACAGCUAGCGCUUUUGUUUGCGAAAUGUGUGAUUGAUUCUUUACGAACAAUUCAACUCUUCUUCGUCACCACUGAACAAAGCCCGUGGAUAAAACACCGAAUGAGUGUAUGCAGUGCGGAUGUCGUUUUGCAGACAAACACGCGAUAGGCAUGUGUGCCAGAAGGAACGCAAGAUGUGAACGAUUCCGUCUGGUUUUUCGAAAUUGCGUGACAUGACCUCGUCACCAGAAGUAUUUGGGAUGCUUCCAUGUCGAAAGAAACUGCAGGUUCUGGCCAGCGCUCACUGUCUCAUGGACUAUCUUCUUGGUGAAUGCUGCUUUAUCAAACUGACUUCCAGACAAGCCCUAAUGGGCUGCAAGAUAGUGUUUUGUGUAAUUAGAGUGCUGAAAUGUCCACAAAAGAUCAUUGACCCCCAUUUGGUUUGAGAAACGUCUUGUGCAGGUCUUUUGACAGUGUACCAGCGAAGAAGAUUUGAUGAACAAUGUUUGUAUUAGUGUUGCAGCGUAGACAGAAUGGAAUAUCUCUCUUUAGGAAGCAUUUGAGAAAGGAGGUACUGUAUUCUUGUCAAUUAAAAAGUAAUUUCUGCCAUUAAUCGAGGCCCAGAGGCAAAAUUGCCUUCGAGAGAAGUCACUUGCAGAUGCAAUUACGACAAUGCUUAACUACAUUGUACGCGUAUGAAAAGUAUCUGCUUGAGAAAGCUUGUUCAAUGCAUUGACCAUUCUUUGGUGCCUGUAUUCAUACCGAAAAUGUUUUUUCUGUACCAUAAAAUAGGCUGAUGACGAUAGUGAGACAGUAUUAGACUCAAAUCAUUUGGGAAUUCCUUAUAUGACAUGUUCUCCCCAUAGGAAAAUUUUUAGUUGUUUUAUUCUGGCAGGACUUCUGAAGUUUAAUAGACAGCUUUUUAUCCACUCGGAAGUCCUCUGUUUUGACUCAGACUGCUCUCUAGUAGCAGCUCCGUAAUCGUUUUAGCCUGAUGGGACAGAUGUUUCUGUACAAAAAUGACAAUAAAUAUUUGACAUGA